GGAGAUGGCACAAGAGUUGGAAGCAAAGUCAGUUUUAGUUUUAUACACCGGUGGAACAAUUGGGAUGAAAAAUAUGGGGAAAAAGGGAUUGGCCCCAGCAGCUGCCCAAGAAUUCAAAGAUUUUUUAUGGAAACGAUGGCAAUACCUGAAUGUUCCUGAUGUAGAGAAUCGUGUAGAAAACGGUGCCUCUUUAUUAAUGAAAUGGCCUCUUACAGAAGAAAAAAUUAUACUGAGCAUAUGGAUUUUGUGUUAUGAUCCCCUAAUGGACUCAAGCAAUAUGGCGUAUAAGGACUGGAUGAAAAUUGCAAACGACAUCAAAGAAAAUUACCAGCGUUUUGAUGGAUUUGUUGUUCUGCAUGGAACAGAUACAAUGGCAUAUACUGCAUCUGCAUUAUCCUUUAUAUUUACAAACCUCAUAAAAUCGGUUGUCUUAACAGGAUCACAGGUUUGUAGUACGUUGGAGGUGGUGUUGGCAACUCUCAAUGUUUCAAACUCAAAGAGGAACACAGACUUUACAUUGGCAGAGGUGGUCAGUAAAGUCCAAACAGUGAGUGAAAGUCUGGUGGACUCCUGUCUUGCCAUCUCUAGUUGUUUCCCGCAUGAUCCAGUCCACUACAG